AUGCUAGGUCUCGUGGCUGACGGUAAACCCCUCGGCAAUGGGUCCGAUGAUCCACUGCACGACGAUGAGGACGAUCUCGACGAUCCGAACGUGGACUCACCGGGCCUGUCUGCGUCACCGCCACCGGCACCGCCACCACUGCCACCACCCGUACGGAACGGCUGUCAGCGGUGUCGGUUCUCGAUGGCUUCCGCCAGCUCAACGCUCAACCGUUCCCAUCCGCAUCUUGCCAGCGGUACGGGAACGCUGGGGUCCGGUUCGGUCGGAGGCGGUGGCACACUGCCACGCACACAUCGUGGUACCGCGAACGGGGGAACACUCGAGCGCAACCAUAUGGCUGCCAGCUCGAGCCAUCUGCAUACGGCGGGUGGUGUUACGGCAACGGUCGCAUCCGCCGGUACUGGGAACGGCACGUAUCCUGGAUACGAUCGAAAUCGGUUGCUAGAUGAGGAGGACUCGGCAUAUCCGGCACUGCUGGAACGUGAGCUCCACUCGCUGCAUCGCAAUGUUCCCGCCCUACGACGAGCCGGUGUCGAUACGACCGCAAUCCGACAGCACUUCUAUCCGGACGGUGGCUGGGGAUGGAUCGUGUGCGGAGUCGCAUUUUUGGCCCACGUCCUUACCACCGGGUUCCAGCUGUCGUACGGCUUGCUGCUGCUGUACGCGAUACGCCAUCUGGGUCACGAGGUGAAUACCGAAGCAGGUUGGCUCGGGCCUGCCAGCUGGGCCAUGUCGCUGUUUUCGGCAACGAUAGUGGUGGCGCUUUGCCGUCGAAAGUCCACCCGUUUGACGGCGGUACUCGGUGGGCUGGUGCUUGCGUUGGGCAUCCUGUUCACAUCGUUCGCUACCCAGCUGCAUCAGGUAGCAUUCAGCUAUGGCGUCAUCGUAGGCAUCGGGUCGGCCAUGGUACGGGAGUCGGCCGCCGUUAUGCUGGGCCAUUAUUUCAAACGGCGGAGACAAUUUGUCGAAAUGAUCACCAUGUCCGGUGAGGGUGUCGGUGUGGCGCUGUUUUCCGUCAUCCUUAAGGAAGGCGUUGGGAAGAUGGGUUGGCGCCUGGGGCUGCAAGCGGUCACAGGGCUCGUAUCGUUCAGCUUCUUCAUGGGACUGCUCUACCGGCCGGCAUCACUCUAUCAUCCCCAGCGGCGUGCGAUACUACACUUGAAAAACCAAAGGAAAAAGGUGAAGGAAAAGAAAACUCACGUCCGUACGCCGAAACCACCGUUCCUCGAUUUUACGCCCCUAAAAUCUUCCUCGGUGCGGAUGCUGUCAAUAUCGGCAUCAGUGGCCGCACUAGGCAUCUAUUCGCCCAUAUUUUUCCUGUCUCUGCACGGGUUUAGCGAAGGGUACGAUAUGCAGGACUUGGUGCUGCUGCAAACCUUUCUCGGACUGUCGAUAGCGUUAGGUAUAGUGUUUAGCGGAUCAUCGAUCAACAAGACGCUGGAAAUAUCCUUCCGGAAGGUUCAGAUAUCGCGUCAAUAUGUUUGUCAGGGCUGUGUUACGUUAGUGUCAGUAUCGUUGUUAGUAUUAUCAGCCGUUGCCGACUACCGGGGCCUAUGCUUCUCCGCGUGGGCAUACGGGCUCGGACUCGGCGGCUACCGUUACACCUUGAAGAUGCUUGCGAUCGAGCGCAUCCGGGGCAAGUACUUCUCCAAGGCGUGGGGUUUCAUCAAGGGAGCCGAAUCGCUGCCGGUGUUGUUCGGCGUGCCACUGUGCGCCUUUCUGAACGAUUCCUCGCACCGGUACGGUCGGGCGGGCUACUACAUAUGUGCCGCCAGUGCGGCCAUCUCGGCUAUUAUUCUGUUCUUUGUGGGAUACCCGGACGGGCGCAAUAUGAAGUACUCUACCAAUGGUUCCAUCACAUCGCGGUGCACCGCACCAACCUCAUCGAGCGACUGCCAGCACAUCCUAGACCGAAGCUUUUCCUCGCAGCGCUACAACAACCCACAGUGGUACGGCAACAACACGCACGCGACUAACCUUUCCAACGGUUGUCACGGAUCCGGUACGUACCCCGGUGGGACGGGCCUGCAGCGCUGUCUGUCCACGAGUCAAUUCAUGAACGGUGGGCUUAAUCUCUCCUCGGGCGGAAUUGGACCGAACGCGUCAGCGACCACGACAGCGGCCGGCGCUGGUGCACGUCUGCUCGGCAACAGUCAAUCGCUUGAUAAUCCGACUAGCGGACAGGCUGGUACCGGGUUCAGCUACCACAGCCCGUUCUGUGGCCAAUCCGCGGGCCAACCGCACGGUCGGCUGCACAAGAGCCUAUCGUUCGCGUUCCAGACACCGAUGUUCAGUGAUGAUCCGAUACAUCACACUUGCCAGCAGGCGUCCGGCUACGCGGCCGACUACCCACCACCGAGCCGCUGCUACUCCAGGUGUGAACUACACAAUCCAUCCCAGACCGCACCGAUCACCGUCCAUCGGGACACACUCAACCGGCAGCACAGUUUUCGCGCCUCGAGCCGUGGACAGACACCGCGACACACCGGUCAUGCGAGUGCCCGAGGUCAGCAACCGUCAACACCGCACCAUCAUCACCACCAGCAGUACCACAAUGGUCACCAGCAAUCGCAACCGCAGCAGCAACAGCAACACCAUCAACACCAUCACCCAUUGCCACCGUAUCCGGCGAAUGGGUUGCAGUACCACCCUUCCCGCAGUCGAAGCGUCCCCGAAGGGUUGGGCGGGGCGGGACGGGCUGGUGCGGGUGUGCCCCCGGGAACGGGGGGCGACUGUCACUGGAAUCACUGCCACUGGACCACCGCGAACGGAGUCAACUUCUGCCGUCCGAAUCGGCCGAUUCAGGUGGUGGAGCAGAUCACGACUUCCGUUUGA